GCAGCGCAACACCUCGCGGGUGGAAUUGGCCGAAUGGUCCAGCAUCGCGCGCCACAGCGUGGACGUAGAGAUCACGUGCCUUUUCCCAACGCAGUGCUUGCGGAUGAAAGCAUUUGAUCUACAACAAUGUUACUUCGUGUCUUGCUUGCAAAAGGGAAUACUCGCGGAGACUGUAACCAUCGAUGGCAAGUGGCUGAACAGGUGGAUGGCGGAGUACGGGAUUUCGUCGCGGAAGCCGAAUCGUAAAUUCGAGCUGCCGCGCGCAGUUUUACCGGGGCGUUUGUCAAGUUGUUUGACCGUGGCGGCGGCACUGCGCAAGUUGGUCUCGCUGCACCUCGGGCACGACCCGCGCAUGCGGAAC